AUGGUGUCAUUUUUCCGAACUUAUGUAUCAAUGUUUGACUAGCAGGUUUUAUAAGAUGUUCUCCGAUUGAUGUUUCGGAGCGAUGUAGGAGUGGGUGACGAUACUGCAGAUGAAGUUUUUGGGCUGUUUCAGCUAUCUUUUUUGCCUCAGGACACUACUCAUGAUCUGAUAACAUUCAUUUUCUUGUUUGACAAGGUUACCAAAAGGCAUAGAUGUUCACUCCAAUGAUUUUGGCAAUUUUCGAUACUUGCAAUUUUCUUGGGCGAUGUACAUGGCAACUUCCUUAUUCAUUCUUGUUUGACACUGGAUGGCAAUGGGAUGGAACAGCCACAUAAGAUAAAGGUAACAAUGUUCAUCAGCAACCACAAAAUGUCAUAUGAUAUCCCGAUGAGUUCAUACAAUAUGUCAGAAAUUGGGAAGAACGUAUUCAAUGAGGACCAGAUCAAACUUCGAAAUAGAAAGGGUCUUCUGGUUAAAUUAUUAAUAGUGCCGGGAGUAGUUCACAUUCGGUUGGUCCGAGACCAUUAUCAGAACAUCCAGAACUACGAUCGUGCACAUAUGCUCUGUCAACCUAAUUAUGGAAACGGAGUGAAAUUAAGUCUGACAUUGGAUGCUAAAUUUAAGAUACAGCUGUGAAUUGGCGAUCAUACACAUGUGCGAUUCCUACACUGAUUGCCUUUUUUUGGGUAACAUUAACUGGUGCCAACGUUGUCCUCCUGAAAUUCUUCCGAGCCAAGCAAUGAAUUCGGAUCAAGAACCACCGAAUUUGGAAUGUCGUGGUGUUAUAUAAAGGAAGACAAUCUCUCGGCCCUUGCGUCCCUCAAGCAACAUUGAUAGCCUUGCGAUUAACCCUCUCUCCCUCUCUUCUUCUUUCCACAUAUCUCUCUCUCCCUAUUGACUCGGGAGAGAGACAUUAAUAACAAAAUCGCAUUCUUCUUCCUAUAUCAACUGAAGAAGAGGGAACAUGGGUGGAUGUGCUAGCGUGCCCAUCAAGUUCAAGAAGGCCGAGGCCGGCGGAGUCCCCCCGGAGCCCGCGACGGAGGAGUCGGUCGCCGCCCCCGCCCCUGCUGAGGAGCAGAAGACGGAGGAGGUGAAGACGGAGGUUGAGGAGACCAAGGAAGAAGUAAAGGCCGACACCGAGACUGAGAAGAAGGCCGAAGAUGAUAAGGAUGCUCCCUCUCUAGGAACAUUGCUCGAUAAGGAUGGAGAAAAGAAAGAGGAGAAGAGCGAGGGAGAGGCUGCCGUCGCAGGCGAACCCAAGAAGGAAGAGGAGACGAAAGAAGUAAAGGCUGAGGAGGCCAAGAAAGAGUAGAAUUAAACAGCAAGUGAAGGGAAGCCUAGGUCAAACAGAUUAUGAGUCAAAUUGAGUUGAGAAGGGCUUCUAAUGAAUGAGGAUUAAUAUACUUGAGUGCACCCCAAAUUUAUGCAGCAAUUUGUAAGGAGUCUCUCUAAUCAAGAGAUGAAUCAUCAAGUUUGUGAGCCAAAAUCCAUUCUCUCUGGUGUAUCAAAUCAAUGUUUUCUUCUUUCCA